AUGUUGAACUGCUCGAACGUGCACACUGAGCUCGCAGACACUAUGUUCGAGACCAGGAUGUGGGGCAGUUUCGAGCAUCGCAACCCGCACAACGUAGGAGAUGUGUCUUCAUUCUUUCGAAUGAGGGACGAGGAGCUGGUGGAUCUGCUUCAAAGAGAUUCAGGAUCGUGUGACUCCCUAGAUCAGUCGCAAGAUUGCUUCUCGUCGCAAAGUGCUCAGAGCGGGAGACCGAAAAAUCGUUGCCAUCACAUCGGAGGUUGCAACAAGCGAGCCAUCUUUGGCGAUGUUCGAGGGAAAGGACUGUUCUGCGCGGAGCACAGACACGAGUGA